AUGUCCAAUCUGGCUCUGGCUGAGAUCAAAGAACUUCUGAAGGAGCAGGUGAGACACUUUACACCUCUGUCUCUGCAGAUCAAAGAAAUAAUUUUCCUGAAGAACACGGUGAUGGAGUGUGAAGCCUGCGGUAUGGGAGGCCUCCAGGUGCGUCCCUCCUGUGAGCCUAACCCCUGCCACCCUGGGGUGCAGUGCUCGGUGACAUCACAGGGGGUGAAGUGCGGCUCGUGUCCCGAGGGAACAGAAGGGAACGGCACACACUGCUCUGACGUCGACGAGUGCUCGGUCCUGCCCUGUCACAUGGGAGUGCGCUGCAUAAACACGUCCCCAGGGUUCCGUUGUGGGUCGUGUCCCGCUGGGUUCUCCGGUCCUCAGGUCCAGGGUCUGGGUCUGGCCUAUGCCCGAGCCAACAAACAGGUGAGAGUCCAGACCUGA